AUGCUGGCGGCAAUAUAUGCAAUGAGUAUUGUUUUUAAAAUGCUGCCUGCCUUGGGCACGGCUUGUCCGCCAAAAUGCCGUUGUGAGAAGCUGCUCUUUUACUGUGACUCUCAGGGGUUUCACUCAGUGCCAAACGCCACUGACAAGGGCUGUCUAGGGUUGUCAUUGAGGCACAAUUUUAUUAUGGAACUUGAAGGGGAUCAGUUUGCAAGCUUCAGUCAACUUACUUGGCUCCAUUUAGAUCAUAAUCAAAUUGACACAGUAAGAGAAGAUGCUUUUCAAGGACUGUAUAAACUCAAGGAGUUAAUUUUAAGUUCAAACAAAAUCUCUUAUUUGCCAAACGCAACUUUUAGCCAACUGCUUAACCUGCAACAUUUGGACCUCUCUUUCAAUCAGUUGUCUGCUUUGCACCCCGAGCUGUUCUAUGGCCUUCGCAAACUGCAAACCUUGAGUUUACGUUCCAAUUCCCUGAGGACUAUGCCAGUCCGCCUCUUUUCAGACUGCCGUAGUUUGGAUUUCUUGGAUUUGAGCACAAAUCGCUUGCGAAGUUUGGCACGCAAUGGAUUUGCAGGAUUAAUCAAACUGAGGGAGCUUCACCUAGAGCACAACCAGCUGACAAAGAUUAACUUUGCUCAUUUCCUACGGCUAAGCAAUCUGCACAUGCUCUUCUUGCAGGGGAAUAAAAUUAGCAACUUGACGUGCGGGAUGGAAUGGACCUGGGGCACCUUAGAAAAGAUAGAUUUGACUGGAAAUGAGAUCAAAGCCAUUGACAUGACAGUUUUUGAAACAAUGCCUAACCUUAAAGUACUCCUAAUGGAUAACAACAAGCUAACCACCCUGGACUCCAAGGUUUUAUAUUCACUUACAGACUUAACUACCGUGGGCCUCUCCAACAAUCCUUGGGAAUGCAGCCCCAAAAUAUGUUCAUUAGCCACAUGGCUGAGUGGCUUCCAAGGUCGGUGGGAGCACUCCAUACUUUGUCAUAGUCCAAACCACACCCAGGGAGAGGAUAUUCUAGAUGCAGUUUAUGGUUUUCAGCUUUGCUGGAAUUUAUCGAGUGUUGUUACGUCCGCUGCUACAAGUUACAGAGCUCCAACGACUGAAUACACAAAAAGAAUAAGCUCCUCAAAUUUCCAUGUGGGAGACAAAGAAAUUUCAACCACUACGGGCAUAGCCAUUACCACAGAAGAACAGUUACCUGAACCAAACAAUGCCAUCUUCACCCAGCAGACCAAGGACCAUAUAAUGAGUAUGAACCCACCCAUGAAGGACCCUUCAUCAUCAUUAAUGGCUAUGGACAGUGCAAAUGUCAGCAGCUGCCAUAUAAAGAAUGUGAAGUGUAAUAUCUACAGGUAA